UUGAACACAUCCACGUUAUUGUUGGUUACGGAAAAAAGCCUUUCUAACAAAAACCGUUUUCUUUCUUUUCUUUUCAAUUUUCCCACCUCCAUUCCAUUCAUGUAACCAUUUCUUCUUCUUCUUCUCUACAAUGGACGUCGACGGCAAAUCCAUCGACCGUUCCACUUCCAGAAAACACCAAACCAAUAACAACAGCAUCGUUGUUGGAACCGACUUCUUAGAGACUAACAAGGCGGACAGAGCAAUGUGGCUCUUGAAAUGUCCCCAACUUGUUACUCGCGCCCUUUCUAAUUCACCUGAUGCCCCUUCCCGUCCUGUCGCUAAGGUCAUCGUUUCUGUUGACCCACUUCAAUCCAAUGACGAUGAUGAUUCUUCCUCUACUGAGGUGGUUUCCUUCCAAGAUCCCAAUCUCCUUAUUGAUAAAGUCGCCGGAAUCCAUGGAUCCUUCUCGCCGGAACAAGCUGAGAAGUUCUUCAAAGGUCCGGGCGGCCCGGAUCCGAAUCCGAUUGAUAUUUGGCGUGUGGAGAAGUCGAACUCAAGGCUGACAGUUUUCGCUUUUCAGAAUUCUGAGAUGUUCACCAUGGAAUUGGCUAGCACCGACUCUGGAAAUGCAUUAAGGUCCUACUCAUUGAAUAUGUCUACAGACUUCAUUCCAAUGUCUGUAUUUUCCGAGUCAUCACAAGGGAAGUUUACCAUUGAAGGGAAAAUACUGAACAAAUUUGACAUGAAGCCACAUGAUCAGAAUCUUGAGAGGUAUGGGAAACUCUGUCGUGAAAGAACUCACAAGUCUAUGACCAAAAGCAGACAGAUUCAGGUGAUUGAUCAUGUCACAGGAGGACAUAUGAGGCCUAUGCCAGGGAUGGACGUAUUGUCAUUUGGAGCUGCAGAGAAGAAGAAAGUGGUGAGCAAGGGGUCGGAGACAAAACGGUUGAGAAAGGAGCGUGGAGAAUUGGAGAAGAUUAUUUUUAAGCUUUUUGAAAGACAGCCAUAUUGGACGUCAAAACAAUUGAUUCAAGAGACUGACCAACCUGAACAAUAUAUGAAGGAAAUACUUAAAGACCUUUGUGUCUACAACAACAAGGGUGUUCACCAAGGAACGUAUGAGCUGAAGCCAGAAUACAGGGAAUCAAGUGAGGACACGAAACCACGAUAAGUGAGGAAUGUUCCAAGAACUGGGAAAUGGGUUUGGUUUUGGUAUUUGACUGAAGCUUUGUGUGUGGAGGGAAGGGGGCUCUGCUCUUUUCUUUGGUUUGAAGUGUAGGCUUAGGACUUCCCCGUUCUGGAGUCAUCAGUAACCACUGAAAUUUUGUAGAAAUGCGAACCCAUCGUUUCUUUUUUCGGGAGGGGGUAUAUUAUUGUACAUAGUGAUUACGGUUGUUUGGUGCUUUUAAUCCUAAUUUCUGUUUAAAGUUCUUUUGUAAUUUGUAAGUAUUGAUUGAAUGCGGUCUCUACUUAAAGUUAAACUCAUGGAAUAUCACAUAAGAUAUACCUCAGGAAGGCUCUCUUGUUUCCAGCUUCA